CUACUUUCCUUUUUGAUUUUCUGAAAAUAGCAUUGAGGUCUAAUAAUUGGAAAAUACAAAUUGAUACAUGACAUACAUUACGCGAUUACUAAAUCAAUAGGAUCGACACUAACGCAAUUUUGAUUAUUCGAACGCCACUUGUGAGUCUUGCAAACAAUACGCCUGUCUAGCGUGACAAAUAUAAGCCAGGUAUAUUUCACGAGUUUUACAACUACUUGGUCGAUGCAACUGCGUGUUGACGUUUCGUCCCCGAUAGUAUCAACAGCUGUGUAGUAUUCACUUGAUCAGGUAACAGCAUAUGUCUAUUGGUUUCAUUUUGGAAGACCUCUUGGCCGUAAAGCAUUUUACUACAUUUUGAAUGUAUUAAAACUAUUCAUUUCCAAAACGAUUAGCCAUCAAUAUGUCUAUUCAGUUCCGCAACAGAGAACAAAAUCAACUCACAAAAUGGAUUGGAGGGAGGAAGAAAUACACACUUUUGUAUAAGGCAUCCAGAGACGGAUGUACUCAUACAGCUUUCCGUAAUAACUGUAAUAACAAAGGACCAACAGUGACAGUCCUUUACAAUACUGACAACUUCAUGUACGGUGGAUAUACGUCGGCUAGCUGGAAAAGUAUUGGAAACUAUCAGAAUGACGGUUCAGCAUUCCUCUUCAGGUUUUAUCAAAAUGGCAAGUGGAAACCAGUACGGAUGCCUAUCGUGAAUGCCCAAAAUGCGAUCUACGAUCACCCUUCUUAUGGACCUACCUUUGGUGGGUAUGACUUGCAUACAUUUUCGAACACAGUAAACUUCGAUGGAACAAGCUUCCCUUUAAAUGGAUCUGCUAGCUUUGGAGUAUCGUACACUAUGAACGGAGAAAACUACAAAUCUAUCGCUAAUGGCCAUCUUCGAGUAAAAGACAUUAGAGUUUAUUUGGUAGAAGAUUUAGCUGGCGACACACCACUGGACGGAUCAUGGCGAAAAACUGCCAAAUGGAACCUAAAGCUCCUAAACGAAUUGAAAGAAAAAGUAGAAAAAUACAAGCCUUUGAAAGACUUAAAGGUUCCUCAGGCACGUAUUCUGCUGGUUGGACAAGUAGGAGCAGGCAAAUCUAGCUUCUUUAACACCAUAAACUCCAUCUUUAGAGGCUACAUAACCAGUCAGGCUUGCAGUGGCAACGCAGAACAUAGUUUAACAACGAUGUACCGAAUGUACCAAAUAAGAAAUGGGCAAUCAGGGACACCAAUGAACUUUAGACUUCAUGACACCAGAGGACUUGAAGCUGACCAAGGAAUUGAUUCACAUGAAAUGAAUUACCUUCUUGAUGGUAAUUUACCAGACAGACACCAGUUCAAUCCCUCUGUACCAAUAUCAGGAGAUACAGCAGGAUUUGUUGUGAGUCCUAAUUUAAGUGACAAAAUCCACUGUGUCAUAUUUGUACUUGAUGGAAGCAUUGUUGAUGUUAUGCCAGAGAAGGUUAUUGAGAGGAUGAAGAACCUACAGCUUCGUAUGAAUCAAAGAGGAAUCCCCCAAGUAGUUUUGCUUACCAAGAUUGACAAAGUGUGCGAGGCUACAGCCACAGAUAUAUCUCGAGUUUUUUACAGUCCAGUCAUCCAGGAGUCUGUAGAUAGAGUAUCCCAGAUAAUGGGGCUUCCAAGAUCACACAUUUUACCGAUCAAGAAUUAUGAAUCGGAGACAGAGCUUAAUGCAAAUGUGAAUAUUUUGGCUUUACUGACCUUACAACAGGUGUUACAUUUCGCAAAUGACUACAUGUAUAACUAUCUUGACCAAAUUGAGGAAGGGAAAGUUAGACAACUUAACAUAAGGGAAUAAGUGAAAGACAAACCACUCUGAUUGAAUAGAAACUUGUAUGCCAAAUAUAUUAAAAAUUUGCUGUAUGCAGAAUAUAUUAUCAAGUAAUCUUAUAUACUUGAAGUAUUAUCUCAUUAGAAUAUAAAGUUAAGAACAAGUUUUUUUUUAAAUACAAAAGCAAAUCUUGAAAAUUGACUUCUGCGGUUAAACGACUUUGAAUGUCAAAGAUAACCUUAACAAAUACUGUAUUGUGUGUCUUUGUUUAUUUUAAUCAAAUUUUUUCCUCUUAUAUAUUUUAAAUGACUCAGGAAAUUUUCAAAUAAUAGUACAAGCAAAUAACUAACAUCAAGAUUGAAAAAGAAUUUAUAUUAUCCUUCAAUAUUAUACACAAACAAAAAUAAAUUACAAAGAAAUAAAUGUGAUAUCCAUCAAUAAUUUACAGUUUAUAUUACACUACUUGCAAAUUUUCAGACUCUCACAAAGUUUUAACCAUGAUCUUGUAAAACAGACAGGGAUGUUCCCUCUUUCUAAGGUUUUGGAUAAAAAAAAAUUUAAAUCAA